CUGUAACAUCCAGCUGGAAGUAUAGAGAUCGUCAGAGGUUACAAUGAGAUUCAAAAUUUUCAAACGCUACGGCUAUAAUUGACUUCCGGGAGUCAAUGGGCCAGUUUGGCCCGUCAGGCUUCUGGGAUCGGGCUGGAAAGUCCCGUUUUUAAAUUGGUCAGUCUUGAACAGAAAUGUCUGAAAGCCCGUCAGCCGGGCUCGACCCAACCCACUAGGAUUUACAUGUUUUUACUGGUUAAGCAAACCCCUUUUAUCCUCCAAAAUUUGAAAAUCAAAAUUCCCCUAGCAUCACAUUCCAAAUUUAUAAAAUCAAAUUUCCCUCUAGUAUUAUCCCCAAAAUGACUGGCCAGGCAGUAGCAGAGACUUCCCAAGAGCAUAAGCCCCCAAAAAAGCCAAAAAAGAAGAAGGAAUCAAUGGUCCUCGUUAAUCUCCUCUACUCAGGCCUGAUCUGCGAGGAGAAGACGUCCAUCAUGAUGCCUACUCUCAAAUGCAUCUUGUUAGGCAGUAGUAACAUCAAUCCCCAUUCCCAUCUCUCUCACCUUCACUUCCAACAAAAGCAUACCAUUUCUUUCCCUCUAUUUGCAAUGGGAAGAAGCCGUCAUCAAGCGGUAGAGAAAGGCGGCAUUUGUCGCAUCCUUACUUUAAGAGCGGGUUUAAAUUACAUGCAGGAGAGAACACGGAUGGGAGCGGCUGGGGCGAAUAAUCCAGCGGCGCACGAUAGCAAAGAUGGCGUACUGAGCACGUAGAAUCCAGCGGCGCACAUUAGCAACGACGGCGCACGGAAU